UAAACUAUAUUUUGAUACAUUUUAAAAAGGAAAAAUUAACAGCGUAGAUUUCGCAGCAAUAGCCCUUUAGUUCAUUUGUGCACCGUGUGAAAUCACAUGUUACUUGAAAAGCAUUGAUCCGGAGAUGACAAAACAAAGCAAAAAAAUUUUGUGUGAAAAAAGGAAAAAAUUGUGCAAAAACUUUAAACUACAGUCUGAUGUAAAUCACCUCCAGCAUAUCUAGACAUGUAGCCCAUAAAAUCUGCUUUCUGCCUUCUGUCGUAAAUCCAAAAUGUGUCGUGGGGGGCGGGGGUGUUCCAUUACAACAUGUACACAGAUCACACAAUAGUUUGAGCUGUGGUAAUAGUAUAAUGAUUCAAAGCACAUUUCAGGUUAUAUUUACGCCAUAAUAUCGUUAUUUAUUGACGUGUUUUAAUCCUAACUUUUGCUCGUCCGUCGCCACAGCCGUGUUUUUGUCCCUCUUUUUUUCAGUUACUUCUUUCCGUACUACCACAGUGUCUGUGUACACGUGCUUUCGACGCUGAUUGGCUCCCGUGUUUUUACCAAAGGCCAAUCAGCGCCUCACGCCUCGGUAGCUAGUCUGUCUGUUCAGUGGAAGCCCCGCCCCCACAGGCGGCUCGGGUUGUGAGUUCAGUUAAGGUAACGCGGGCACUGACACUUGGCAAAGUCCGGCCUUUUCACCCCUACUUUAUAUCGAGCUGCACGUUACUACAUUUGUUCUUCCACAACGGGCUGAAAUGACGCGACUUGUCAACAUCUGUUUCUCUUCUGCUCAAUUUAACAUUUCGUCCAUAAUUCAAAUGGCGACAUCAAGCUAGUUACAGUUAUCCACGGGUAUUUUCAAAAUAAAAGCUCGAAAGCCGGCGCGGAUGGACAAACCUCCUGGGUCCAGCAUGCCAAAGGAGUUGCCUGGUCCCAGUGAGCACACUCCCUGUGGUACGUCCAAAGAUAAGAGCAACACGACCGCUCCUGUGGCAAGUCAUGACACUAAAGACACAGGAAACACCAGCGGAAGUGGCUCCCGCUGCAGCUCGGAAAAAGACUCGGGCUACUCUGAGAGUUCCGACUGGCAGCAGACAGAUGCAGAAGACCAACAACGCAGCAAAAGUCCAUCCAGAGGCAGCGAGCGUAUCGAAACAUCGCAGUCAGGCCAAACUCAAGCAAAUGGCCAAGGAACUCCUGGAAUUUCUUCUCUUAUUCCAGCGCAGCCCAGUCUCCCCACUGUUUACAUCCUUAAGAACAUGUUAAAGCAGCCGGACGCAACCCAGAAAAAAGGGCCGCUGCUGUGGAAGAAUAAAAACAGUUCUGCGACGCCUCACAUGAUUCUCUGCCAGCAGCCCAUCCUGCUGCCGACCAACCUGCAGCCACACAAGUCCUUGUCCCGGAAGCUCGGUGUCACCGGCAGGAAAACAAACGGCGCGUACUUCCCCAUAUUUAACUCUUAUCCUCGCAUCGCACCGCACCCCAGCAAGAAGCCGUCUGAUAAGUCUUCAGUAAAUGACGACCCCCAAAAUAUGAAUAAGCGAGUGUUCACAGAACACAAGACUGAUGGAACCAGAAGUCCAGCAGAGCAGCACUUUCUUAAACAGCCCAAAUUAGCAGCAGCAGCAGUGUCUUCUGGACAGCCAUAUUCCUCCACCACCAGAGGUGCUGUAUCGUCCGACGCUUCCUCAAUGCAGAGCUCUCUGUCUGCAUCUACCGUCUCCAAUUCUUCUUCCGUCCUUGCGACCAGAGGCCUUUUCAAAAACAGCACUAACACCACUCGCCACCGCCGUUUCGUCAACACGUUAGAAAUCCUCAAACAGUCGGGCCUGUUGGACCUGACGCUGCGCACUAAGGAACUGCUGCGUCAGAGCAACGCCAUAGAUCAGGAUAUUGCCCAGUUGCGACAGCACACACAGAUACUUUGCCAGGUUGCUAACAAACACAACCGCAACAAAGACAAUAUCAUGUCCUGGGAAACUCUCCACACAACCAUGGCCGAGUCCAGCAACUACCCCGACCUCAAAGACCUGCAGGAGUUCCAAAGUCCAUCGCAUCCCAACUCUACUGGUCACCUGGACAACAGGCCACUCUCCACUGAGGGUCCAAAUGUUCCGCCCUCUCCACUUCUCAACACGUCAUUAGCCUCAAACCAGGACUUUUGUGGCUCUCAGCAGCCACAGUCAGAACCGAGCCAGGACUUCGAGGCGAUGGAAUUGUCUGCCGACGAUUCUGCAGGUUGAAACAACCUGGAAUGCCUUUAGGAAACAGAGGGAACGUUCUCAGGACCAGCCACUCUUAGUUGGGUUCACUAACCAACUGGUCGUUAGGUUCACGUGUUGUGGUUGUGCAGUUUAAAGAAAAAAAAUCCAGUUUGUCAACAGUCAUAACUCUGAGAUUCAUGGUCACAAAAAAAAUGUCAGUAGGAAACAAAAUAAUAGGAAAUUUUAGGCAGAUUUUGAAAAUGCUUUUUGCUUCUAAACAUUCUCAAAAUCCCAUUGCAAGUUUCAGGCAACAUAGACCGGUUUCUUACCAUCGCACAGCUACGGUCCGUUGUCGUUGUACACCAUGAUGUACUCCAGUGUAGCGAGGACACAGUGCUAGGCUAGGAUUUCUCUACAUGUCUUCUCACUCAUUGGCUGGUUCCCCAUCGGACAUGUUCCUGCUGGACAGCUGCAUGUGUACGAGGCCCAUUUAUUCUUCUUUCGAGGUGAGGUUGUACCAACGCUCGCAUUAUACGUACCACUCCUUUUAAUACAUUGAUUGGUUCAUGUUACUUUGCACUUGUAAUGAUCUUUGAAGCAAAAAGCAAUCAUCAUCAUUAUCUGCACCACAAUUUUUAAUAACAGCAGGCGGUCCGAGGUGGUCCAUGUUACACCCUCUUUAGUCGUAUAAUUUUAAAGUACCACUCAUUCCUAAGACAUCUUCUCAUAUCACCUUUUAUAUCAUAGAACAUUGGCAGGGUGAACGAAAUCCCGGCACUGGAACUGUUUUGAGCACCUAAUUGAAAUGAAUGGUGUUUUCCAAAAAGGAAGCUGGUUUACACACAAGGUGUCCUUAAAGUACUUUACAAUAUUUCUUGUGUGUAGGAUCAGGGUUUUUUUUCUAAUUUUGUUGUCACUCUACACUAAUACCU